AUGCGUUUGUUGAGAAGAGCCCGCACAUUCAGAGGUGAAUCUGGUUGGCAUCGUGGGAUCAAGAGGAUUUAUUCAAGAAGGAACAAAACUGAUCCUUUCGACCUGGAUGCUGAUAUUGAUCUCCCUUCUACUCAAAAUCCUGCAGACUUAUUCAGCAUUGAAGAUCUAGCUGCUCAGCAAAAAAUCGAACAGGAUUAUACUGUAUCUGCUAGGGAGUACUAUUACUAUCAGCUACAAAUAAGAGACAAUGAUGAUUCUAUGUUGCUUCAUACUCUCAGACUAUUUCAGCAGUUUGUUGUUGGUACCUACAUAAAAAUUGAAACAUCUAGGCUAGACUUUCACAGGAAGAAGCAAACUGAAAUUAGAACUGAAGUUCUUCAGGGGGUGAUAGAUAGUGUUGCUAUAGGCCAGACACGAGGGUCUACAGUCGGCCGCCGAACAAUAUUGCCUUCUUCUUUUAUCGGCGGCCCAAGGGACAUGAGGAGAAGAUAUCUUGAUGCAAUGACCUUAGUUCAGAAAUAUGGCAAGCCUGACAUAUUCCUUACCAUGACUUGCAAUCCGAUGUGGCCGAAAAUCCAACAAAACCUUCAGUACUAUGAAAAACCACAGGAUAGGCCUGAUUUGCUAGCUAGAGUGUUUAGAGCUAAGUUUGAAAUGUUAAAGGUUGAGCUCCUUAAGAAACAAAUCUUCGGAGAGGUUGCAGCCUGUGUCUAUGUUAUUGAAUUCCAAAAACGUGGCUUUCCGCAUGCUCACUUGCUGCUCAUUCUUAAACCAGGAUCCAAGCUAUUGAAUCCCGAAUCAUAUGACAGAAUUGUUUCUGCCGAGAUUCCGGACCCUGACAAGAAUAAGCAUUUAUAUUCCCUUGUCAUUAAGCAUAUGAUCCAUGGACCCUGUGGUGAAAAAAAUCAGCAAAGCCCCUGCAUGAGGAGUGGUAGAUGCAAAAAUCAGUACCCAAAGAACUUUGCACCUUAUACAGUUCAUGGUGAGGAUAGCUAUGCAUGCUACAAAAGAAGAGAUGAUGUCCGAAAAAUAAAGGUCCGCAAGCAUGAGCUUGACAACAGAUGGGUUAUACCUUACAACCCAUACUUAUUAGCUUUAUUUGAUUGCCACAUGAAUGUUGAAGUCUGCUCCACUGUUAAACUUGUUAAGUACCUUUAUAAAUAUAUUUUUAAAGGUCACGACCUUAUCAGUUUUAGCCUUCUUGACCAAGGAUCUGUUGGUAACAUUGAUGAGAUUACUCGGUUCCAGCAAGGUCGUUGGGUUUCACCUCCGGAAGCUUUGUGA